AUGCCUUCCACAACAAGCCCGCUUGAACGCGUGGCACGAGCCAUCGCACCUGAUUCAGCAACCACAACUCGUCAGAAGAUUGAAUCGUUGGCAGCAUUCAAUAGCGUGCUACAUGAUGUCAACCUUGACCAAGCUCAAUCGAUCUUCUCGGCCGUGCCUCUCGCCAACUUUUACCUCGUAUUCGGCAGCCUCGACAGCGAAGAUAAUGAAGAACAGCAGCUCUCGAAUAUCAUGUGCGAGGUGAUAAGCAAAUUACUGCGGCCGUUCUCGUACGACAUGAUUAUGCAAGAUGAAAACAACCAGAACUUUCUCUCUCAAGGAUUGAAUCAUUUUUCACCAGAGAUUCGGCAGCUGUCUCUUGAACAAGUAGCCAAGUGCCUGGAUGCUUCAUCAACCAUGCAUCAAGUGGCAACAUCGCCAAUCUUCCCAUUCGUGUUGACAACAAUUGCGUUCAGAGAUACAGGUGUUGCUAGUAGAGCAGUCGAUAUCGCUGCCAAGAUCGCAUCCAAUGAGCCUGAAUGCUUAUUUGUCAACAAUGCAUCCAUCCUUCGUGGUUUACAGGGAACGAGUGACGCCGUACGGUUUCGUGUUUAUGAUUUGAUUAUACGAGUUGCUGGGUCGUCUGAUGAUGCGUUUCGGCUGGCGGAGAGCUCGGGAUUUUUGGGACCUAUAUUGGAUGAAGUCAACUCUGACGAUAUCUUGGUUCAGUUGAAUGCAAUUGAAAUGCUCAAAGAGGUUGCAAUUACUCCUUGUGGACUGGAUUUCCUCGAGCGAUCAGGUGUGCUGCAAACUUUGGCUUCUCAAAUAGGCAAUUCUGAAACCAACGACACAAUCACAAUCCUUGUCAAGUCGCUAAUUCUCAAGUUCUUUGGAAAAUUGGGAGAGAAUGAAGCAAUUCAAUUCGAACCAAUCCAGAGCAAAUACCAGGUGUUUGACAAAUUGCAACAGUGCCUUGAUGACACCAAUAAGGAAAUAUUGACCGUGGCUAUUGCAGUGGUGGGUUUGAUUGGAUCUCAUGCAGCUGGCCUCGCUCUGCUACUCGAUUCGCCGUUGAUGAGCAAGUUCAUGGAAGGAUAUCAAGCAUCGUCUGGAGAUGUUAAAGCCGUCUAUAUUCAAAGUUUAUCCAAGUUUAUUGGAAUAAGUGGUGACCCUGCAGUAGAGCAAAUGACGCGUCAAGUUUACCAAACCAUCAAUGGGGCACCUUCGACAUUGGAAAGCUUGAUGCAGACGGCGACUCAACCCUUGGAAGAAAUCCGAGUACCUAUCUUUGCUUUGAUGCAAGCCAUUGCAAGUCAUACUUGGGGCCGAGAAGAAAUGGCACGAGCCCCCACGUUCCUAGGAUACUUACUGGAUCGGUCUACUGAACAUACGCCACUUGGGCAGAAAUGGAAAUUUGGCAUUGUACAAACGUUGGUAUCAGCAGAAAAUUCACGGCAAAUAUUUGGGCAACAUUAUACGUUGAUGCUUCAGUUUAUCCGACAAGGCCCAUACUACCGACCCACCGAGGCAGCCGCGAUUAUGGAGAGCGCUUAG